AUGGAUGAGGAAGAGGAUUUAUUUGCGACUUCUGAUGGAGAGGAUGAAAAGGAGAAAUUGGUGAGGAUUUUGGGGGACUAGAAAACCAAAAAUUAAGUUUCAGUGGUCAAGAAAUCUAAAUAUUUAAAUCUGAUGCCCUAGAUUUCCGUCAGAUGGCCUAGAACGCUACAAAUUAGGUUUCGGUGGCCAAGAAAUUUGAAUCUGACGACCUAGAUUUCCGCCUGGUGGCCUAGAAAACCAAAAAUUAGGUUUCGGUGGCCAAGAAAUUUGAAUAUUUGAAUUUGGUGGCCUAGAUUUUUGAGAAAAAAAUUAAUUUAGACUACAUAAAUAUCAAAAAACAAUUAAAAACCCCUUUGAAAAACCCAAAGUUCCAAAUCCAUUUUUCUCCAGACAAGUCCCGAAGACAAAAAACAUCUUCUCCGACGCGAACUUCGAAACAUGAUGUAUGGCUUCGGCGACGACAAAGUUCCCUAUGACAAAACUCUAGAAGUCCUCGAAGCAAUCACGCUGAACUAUAUCAAAGAACUCUGCGAACUGGCAAUGAAAGUCGGAAAACCGGAUAAAUUGGCGCUGGAAGAUAUUCAUUAUUUGAUUCGGCGAGAUGUUAAGAAAUUUGCGCGGGUUAAGGUGAGAAAAAUACGUUUCAAGAGAUUUUUUAUUGAAAAUUUUUGGAAUUUUGUUUUGAUUAGUUUAAAAUUUUUGGAAUUUAAAUUUUUCAAACCAAAGACACAAAUCAGACCUGUGCCGGAAAAUCAGAACCCAGAAAACGGAAAGUCGGAAAAUUUCCGGAUUUUUUGAACCGGAAAAUUCGGAGAAUGUCUGAAAUUUUGAUUUUCCGCCCUAAGUUGCACUGAAACUUAUUUUUAUAUACAAUUCUUUUAUUCACAAAUGAUUUAUUGACUAUUUGAGACGUUUUUUACGUUCAAAAAUAGUAGAAUUUGAAAAAUUCUGAAAAAAAAAUUCAAAAGUUUCAUUUUUUCUAUCAUAAACUGAGAAAAUUUCCCAAAUUUUUAGGGAAUUUUGAAAAUAUUACUGCUAAAGAUCAUUUUCCGGAUUUUCCGAGCACAUUUUCCGGAAAAUUGAUUUUUCCUUGAAAAUCCGGAAAUUCGGGCCCAGAACUGUUGAGAAAAAUACGUUUCAAGAGAUUUUUUAAUGAAAAUUUUUGGAAUUUUGUUUUGAUUCCUUCUACAUAUUUUUUCGCAGAAAAUGUUUGAUGAAAAAAUUUACUCUAAAUUUUAAAUUUUUCUGACCAAAAAUCACAAAAUGUCAUAACUUUUCCCUCAAGAACAUAUGUGUUUUGUUUAUAUUUUAUUACAAAAAAAAAAAAUCUCGAUUUUCUUUUCCAGGAUCUCCUCUCAAUGUCCGAAGAGCUGAAAAAAGCGCGAAAACAAUUUGACGACGUGAAACCAAUUUGA